AUGGCGCCGCCAGAUCAUGACACUCAGAUCAAGGUGUCCAGCGACGCCGCAGAGACCUUUGUCAACCGCUACUACGAUGCAAUCAGCCGCAGGGCGCCCAUCCUUCCCUUCUACGUUAACUCCACGACCCGCUACACCAAAACAGCCGACAUCUCUAUCAAUGGCGCCGUAGUUCCGACACCGGCAGAUUACUUUAAUCAACUGGCAGAGCAGUCUAACGGACACCCUGUCACCUACGAAGUCGAAUCUUUCGAUGCACACGUCACCAACCCAUCAUUCACGUACGAAAUGCCCGACAAUUUCCCCAUCAAGGAGAAAGCAGAGAGCAAAGGCGAGAUGAUGAGCAUUUCGGUAUCGGUCAUGGGUCGGGUGCAAUAUGGGAAAGGCAGAGAGGCGCCGAAAAGGAUGUUCAACGAGUCGUUUGUGCUCUGGCCGAACUGGGAAGCGAUGCAAAAGAACCCACCAAAGGGCAUCAAGCAGUGGCUGAUCGCAUCACAAAACUACAGGGCACUAUAG